AUGCGCUACGAGAGCGUGACCGUCAAGGAGAGCGCGGGCCUGGAUCCCGCGGCGCUGAGCCCCGCCAACCCCCGGGAGAAGUGGCUCCGUAAGAGGACCCAGGUCAAGCUGCGGAACGUGACUGCGAACCACCGGGCCAACGACGUGAUCGCGGCCGAAGACGGCCCCCAGGUCCUGCUGGGGCGUUUCAUGUAUGGGCCCCUCGACAUGGUGGCCCUGACCGGGGAGAAGGUGGACAUCCUGGUGAUGGCAGAGCCGUCCUCGGGCCGCUGGGUGCACCUGGACACGGAGAUCACCAGCAGUAGUGGCCGGAUCACGUACAGCGUGCCGCGGCCCCGGCGGCUGGGGGUUGGCGUCUACCCGGUGAAGAUGGUUGUCAGGCAGAUGCCUUCUAGGGGCGACCAGACCUUUGCGAUGAGUUACCUCACGGUGCUGCCCCGGGGCAUGGAGUGCGUGGUGUUCAGCAUCGACGGGUCCUUCGCCGCCAGCGUGUCCAUCAUGGGAAGUGACCCCAAGGUCCGGCCGGGGGCAGUGGACGUUGUCCG